AUGGCCAGACCCAACUCGAAUCUUUGGCGAAGCAGACGGAGCGAAAUCCUUGAUCAUGUUAUUCAACUGUUUUUCAUUUCGCUCAUCUACAUACUGGGCGAGUCAAACGUCAUAGCGGUGAGUGUAGCGCUAGUACCGGCGCAACUGCAAUACUUUGCCUCCAUUCUCGGCAUGGUUUUGGUCUUUGUCACCAUGACGGCAUUCGGCAGCGCGUUUCGGCGCUGCGAUGACUUUUAUUACCAAUGGAUCAAAGCCAGGGUCGACUUCAUCAAUGCCAAUCUCGGAGUAGGCUUCACCGUGCCCAUCAUUAUGCUGAAGCACGUUCUCGGCAUCAGAGAUAUCGGAUACAUUGCCGCCACUUCUGUUGUUACCAACAUCACAUCAUGGGUUGCUGUGUUUCUCCUCAGCCUAUCCGGAUUAUCACUGAUUCGGAAGAUUCGGCACCGUGGUUCAGAAGAUGCGCAAUGCAGCCCUCCUAUCGUCGUGGUUGCUGGUUCAUCGUCAUUGGAGGCUCAGGAGAACGCAUGCCUCGCCACUCUUGGGCCCUUUGAGAGGCAAUGGCAGCAUUCAGCGGCGGCGAUGGCUGAUGAUCAAUCAUCUUCCUCCAAAGAAGACUUUGCAGACGACCAACCCAUCAAUGCACCCACUCCGGAACGACCAGACAAGAGCUUGUGGUACUUUCUCAAGACCAAUGGCUAUCCUUUGUUCUGCCUUGUCGGAAUAGUCUCAGUAGGCGUUCCGCUAGAGGUCAAGUUCCGAGAUAGUCGGGCCAUGGAUGGUUUCGCGCUCUGGAUGUGCUGGAUCAUCUCGGUGCGCCUGCAGCGCAUGAUGAAGUCUGCGUACUUUCUUACAGCCAACAUGCGGUACCGGCAUACAUUGUCCACCAUGAUCAACCCAGUAUUAGCCACUACGAUGCUCAUGCUCGGAUACACUCGUCUGAGGGGGGCAAUACAGCAGUUUGAAGGAGGUAUCAGCAAAGUUUUGGGGGGCUUCAGCAGCGGCACCCCUCUGUAUUCCAUCUGGGCAGCCCUCGUCAUGCCGUCGACCAUGCCAGACAACCCGAGCCGAUGGUUUGGCGCCGGCGACUUUGCGCUUUCCCUGCUGGAGUGUGGUAUCGUCACCUGGGGUUUCAAGCUCUACGAAUGCCGCCGUCAACUCUUUAGUCAUGCCGGGGUUUGCAUCGCUCUCUUCUCCUCCAUUGCCGCCGCCGGAAAUGUCUUUCUUUCCGUGCUUCUCGCCGGCAUCCUAGGGCUCGAAGCGCCAGAGGCGCUGUCUUUUGCCGCUCGAAGCACGACGCUGGCUCUGGCCAAACCGGCAGUGAAGACGCUAGGGGGAAAUCUAGCCCUCAACGCGACACUGGUGGUCAGCAAUGGCAUACUCGGCCAGCUGCUGUACCCGUUCCUGCUGGACAAGCUGAACGUGCCAGUGUCCAGCCAAGACGGGCCAGACACGGACAAGCAGAAAGAUGGCAAGGACGACGGCGACAGCUGCACGACAGUCGCGGCAGGGGCUGCGAUUGGCAUCAACGGGGCGGCCAUGGGCGUGUCGUACCUGUACGAGGUGAAGAGCCGUGCCGCGCCCUAUGCAGCGCUCUCGAUGACGCUCUUUGGGGUCAUGACGGUGGUGUUUACGACCUUGGAGCCGUUCAAGGGCCUGGUCCUGCGGCUGGCCGCGCGGUUACAUGAUGCAGAGCCUACACGUGUGACAUACAAUGGGUUCGCCAGUAUAUAG